UCCCAUGUUUGAGCCUAAAAUGACUCGGUCCAGACUAAAACAGGCUGUCCAGCAGGGACAGCCACUGAACUGUAGUCUGUCAGCAGUGAACACAGUCAAGGCUCUUCAGUUUGUGGACAUUUAUCUUGAGGAUGAUGAGGACUCAUCAGAUGAAGAGUAUUGUCCUGAUGAGGAGGAGGAGGAAGACACAGCUGAGGAGACCCUCCUCAGUGAUGCAGACAGCCUGGCUUCACCUCUCAGAAUGCAUCAUGGAUCACAACCCAGACCACCAGACCAGAGGUGUGCUGGGCCUCUACAGAGAUCUCAAGGACACCUGAGGGAACAGGUAAUUACCACCACCUGUGCUCCUCAGCACCUUCUCACUGCUUCUGCUGAAUCCUCCUUUCUGGAAAGACUGAACGCUGUGGAGGAGGAGUUAAACUGCAGUCCCACCUACACCUUUAACCAGUCUCCGGACAGAAAAGCUGAUGAUGGUGAUGAUAAAGGCUGUUUGGCAUACCGCACACGCUCCAAACUUCGUCUGGUUAAUGUUCCUCUGGGUCAGCUGGAGGCAGAGCUUCUGGCCCCUGACAUCACUGCUGACAUGUACGAUCUGAGUGCUGCCCAGCGGGAGGAGGACCGUCACUGGACCAAGUGGCUGCAGGGUCUCAUGGCCCCAGACAACGAAGGUCAGAGGUCAGGCUGACGACUGCUGUCAAAAUAAGAGUCAGCCUUAUUUCAUCUUCCAGCUGUCUAACCGUCUCUACCUUU